AUGGAUCUUAUUUACGACUGGGAUGACACAGUAGCCUCACUACCGCAAAUAAACAACAGCAUUAAACACUCGCGGGCCCGAAAAGCCCCUCCAGCACCACCCGAACUUCGGGCAGAAAACCAAGGCGCAGGCGCAUUGGCACACUGUUACCCGAUUUGCCCAUUUCCCUCUCCAGGUCUCUGCAAUUUCACUUCCCCUUGUUUGCGCAUCUGCUUCCGGGGCAUAGUAGGCUCGGCCCCUUCAUCGGCUCUUACCCUCCUCUACCCAAGGAGGGGGGAGUCGAGGGGGUGGGGAAGAGUUCGUUGUUUGUUUACACGAUGUGAGCGGAAAAAGAGACCAAUAAAGUUUAUUCUGGAAACAAAAGGAAAAAAAACAGGGGUGACAGAGAAAGGAGACGGGGUGGGGGGGGGGCGUGCGGCGGGGGCUAGCGAGGAGAGGCUGCGAGAAGGAGAAAGCGGCAGUUCCGGUGCCGCCGCUGCGGCCGCUAAGGUCUCGGGCUGCUGCCGCUGCGGCCGCUGGGGCUGGGGCCGCCGGCGAAGCAGGGCUCGGGCCCGGCCGGGCAGCUCCGGAGCGGCGGGGGAGAGGGGCCGGGAGGCGGGGGCUGUGCCGCCCGCUCUCCUCUCCCUCGGCGCCGCCGCCGCCGCCGCCGCCGCCGCCGUGCGCGGGGCUGGGACCCGAUGCGGUUGGAGCCGCGGAGCCUGGAGGAGCCCCGAGCAUUUCUCAUGUGUGAAAUGGUAAUACUUACUCCAAAAGGGUUAUUGCCUACCUAAGUGCAUGAUAUAUGUUAAAUAUAUAAAUGUUAACUUCACUUGCCUCUUCUACAUUUCUCUUCGUGUGAGCUC